AUGACUGGAAGUAGGAGAAGCAGUCGCCAUCACCCAACAGCAGAAAAAGACAAGUCCGAUCUUACCAAAGUGCAAGAUGAUCCCAAGAGUCAGCCUAAAGAAGGCAGCACCUACAGCGAAGCAGAAAGCAACGUCAAGAAACCCAAGAAAGAAGUCAUCGGAGGUGUAAGAAGAAACUUGCUUGACGAUGGUUUGGAGUUCCAUUACACACAUGCCGAUAGUUGGGUUUCCGGGGGCGAAACUCCUCCUGAGCUACUGAAAGUAUGGGCAAAAAAGCAGAUGCGCCCCUCUUCUCGCCCAAACCAAGACCAACACUCGAAUUCCGAGGUCAACGGUGUCAAAAGGGAUCUUACUGUCGGACUCUUGGUCAACUACAGAAAGAAGGGCAGGAACAGGGCAGGCAACUCUCUGCCCUUCCAGUGGGUUCCCGUUCGUGCAGCAUCUCCCAGAGCGGUAUCAGCAUGGGCAAAGGCCGAAAAAGAGCGCACCGAGGAAACAAUCAAGCACCUACAAGAACAUCAAAUACCCCCCGACAUCGCAAAGCAUCUCUCCCAGCUGGAGGAUCUACUUGACGGAGAAAUCAUGUCGCCAACCAAGCCAGAUUCGACGGGCGACUCCCCAGUUGAAGAUCAGGACACCAGAAUUCCACCUCAUCCUCCACACUACCCAUUGCCUACAGCUUUCAAAGGCAAAUGCGACAACGCAACACAGCCAUCCUCGACUCUCGCCCACACGAAUCUUGUCGUGGCUUGUCAAGCAAGCAAACAUCUUUCGAACGGCCCAUCAUCAGAUCUCUCCCACCACCUCGUCUGCACCGCCUGCCACGACAAUCCUCCAACCCAGCGCCUCACCCAACACGAAAGUGAUCACAUCAUCAGAGACAAGGGUCUUUUCCCUCUCUGUUCCUUCUGCACAAACACCUGGUCUGAGCGCGAUGAUGUCGGUCACAAACAUACGAGCAGCAACUGCACCUGCGCAAUUCAGCUUCCUCAGUGGCUGUGUGCUGACUGCUGGGUCGAGAUGGCGAGAGCACGAUCUCGCAGAGCCGAUGGAUGUGAUGAUUGUGGUCGCGUGAGAAGUGAGAGGGAAAAGAACAACUGCCUGAGAUGCGGAGGACGGUGUCAACGAACAAAAGUGCAUACUCUUUGUGUGCUGGAGUCUGCAAUUGUCACGCUCUCUCCACGAAGUUUUGAAGCGGCGUCCACGCUAUGA